AUGGAGGACAAUCGUCUCCUUCACCAGAGGCGUCUCCAUGGAGGACAAUCGUCUCCUUCACCAGAGGCGUCUCCAUGGAGGACAAUCGUCUCCUUCACCAGAGGCGUCUCCAUGGAGGACAAUCGUCUCCUUCACCAGAGGCGUCUCCAUGGAGGACAAUCGUCUCCUUCACCAGAGGCGUCUCCAUGGAGGACAAUCGUCUCCUUCACCAGAGGCGUCUCCAUGGAGGACAAUCGUCUCCUUCACCAGAGGCGUCUCCAUGGAGGACAAUCGUCUCCUUCACCAGAGGCGUCUCCAUGGAGGACAAUCGUCUCCUUCACCAGAGGCGUCUCCAUGGAGGACAAUCGUCUCCUUCACCAGAGGCGUCUCCAUGGAGGACAAUCGUCUCCUUCACCAGAGGCGUCUCCAUGGAGGACAAUCGUCUCCUUCACCAGAGGCGUCUCCAUGGAGGACAAUCGUCUCCUUCACCAGAGGCGUCUCCAUGGAGGACAAUCGUCUCCUUCACCAGAGGCGUCUCCAUGGAGGACAAUCGUCUCCUUCACCAGAGGCGUCUCCAUGGAGGACAAUCGUCUCCUUCACCAGAGGCGUCUCCAUGGAGGACAAUCGUCUCCUUCACCAGAGGCGUCUCCAUGGAGGACAAUCGUCUCCUUCACCAGAGGCGUCUCCAUGGAGGACAAUCGUCUCCUUCACCAGAGGCGUCUCCAUGGAGGACAAUCGUCUCCUUCACCAGAGGCGUCUCCAUGGAGGACAAUCGUCUCCUUCACCAGAGGCGUCUCCAUGGAGGACAAUCGUCUCCUUCACCAGAGGCGUCUCCAUGGAGGACAAUCGUCUCCUUCACCAGAGGCGUCUCCAUGGAGGACAAUCGUCUCCUUCACCAGAGGCGUCUCCAUGGAGGACAAUCGUCUCCUUCACCAGAGGCGUCUCCAUGGAGGACAAUCGUCUCCUUCACCAGAGGCGUCUCCAUGGAGGACAAUCGUCUCCUUCACCAGAGGCGUCUCCAUGGAGGACAAUCGUCUCCUUCACCAGAGGCGUCUCCAUGGAGGACAAUCGUCUCCUUCACCAGAGGCGUCUCCAUGGAGGACAAUCGUCUCCUUCACCAGAGGCGUCUCCAUGGAGGACAAUCGUCUCCUUCACCAGAGGCGUCUCCAUGGAGGACAAUCGUCUCCUCACCAGAGGCGUCUCCAUGGAGGACAAUCUCUCCUUCACCAGAGGCGUCUCCAUGGAGGACAAUCGUCUCCUUCACCAGAGGCGUCUCCAUGGAGGACAAUCGUCUCCUUCACCAGAGGCGUCUCCAUGGAGGACAAUCGUCUCCUUCACCAGAGGCGUCUCCAUGGAGGACAAUCGUCUCCUUCACCAGAGGCGUCUCCAUGGAGGACAAUCGUCUCCUUCACCAGAGGCGUCUCCAUGGAGGACAAUCGUCUCCUUCACCAGAGGCGUCUCCAUGGAGGACAAUCGUCUCCUUCACCAGAGGCGUCUCCAUGGAGGACAAUCGUCUCCUUCACCAGAGGCGUCUCCAUGGAGGACAAUCGUCUCCUUCACCAGAGGCGUCUCCUGAGGACAAUCGUCUCCUUCACCAGAGGCGUCUCCAUGGAGGACAAUCGUCUCCUUCACCAGAGGCGUCUCCAUGGAGGACAAUCGUCUCCUUCACCAGAGGCGUCUCCAUGGAGGACAAUCGUCUCCUUCACCAGAGGCGUCUCCAUGGAGGACAAUCGUCUCCUUCACCAGAGGCGUCUCCAUGUGUGGGACUAA